GAAAUGAAACGUAACGUCAAUCUUUAUUGUGAUGGAUGAUUGAUUGCGGAAUUUUAUUGACUUGAAUUGAAAAGUUGUUUUAAUAGCAAGUGAAUUUUUGUGUUCUAAUUCUGUUGAAUUAAACAAUAUAUAAAAAUGGAAAUGUCAGAUUCGGAGGAUGAAAACAAGGAAAUUAAAAGCUUUGAAGAAAUUCAUGAUGAGAUCCAAGAGUAUAAAAGAAACCCUGAAACUUCGGAAAUGUUUGUAUCUGGAUGGGAUGAUGCUGAUCAAGACGUCGAUGUGGUUAAGGAUCCCAAAGCAAAUCCCAUUGACUAUGUUUUGUGGGCAGCAGAGAAUGGUGAAAUCUGUAUUUUGAGAGAACUACUGAAAAAACAGCCAGGUCUUGUUCACGCACAAGAUGCUGAUGGCUACACACCACUUCACCGGGCAGCAUACAGUAAUCAUAUUGAGGUCAUAUCAUACUUAUUAAGUAUUGGAGCUAACUUAAAUACUAAAACACAGCUCGGGUGGACAGCAUUACAUUCUGCAUCUAACUGGAAUAAUUAUAUAGCUGCUGCUAGACUAUUAGCUGCUGGUGCAGAUCCAGGGGCCCUGUCUGAUGGAGGACAAACCCCCAUGCAUUUAGCAGCAGCAAUUAGUCACUGUAAGUCAACAUUGUUAAUUUUGUUUUUGAGAGAUGAUACUGUGGAAAUAGCUCAUAAAAAAAAUAGUGCUAAUGAAACUCCAGAACAGUUAGCUCAAAGACAUGGAAUAUACGGUCCUCUAUUUGAGAUGGUGUCACCAGCAGUGUCAUACAUAAAAUCUAUAGCAUUUACUUCUAAUCCAUAUUUAAGACAAAAGUCUGUAUAAAGAUAAUAAAUAAGCAAAUCAAAAAAUAUGGAUUUUAAUUUAACUUGCUAGAAGUUAAAUAUACUGAGGUUUAUUCAAGUAAUUGACAUGAGUGCAAUAAAAAAAAAAUAUAAUUCAAGAUUUUUUUAUUAUAUUAAAUGUAAUGAUAAAUUUAAACCAGCACAGUCAGAAACCAUGAUUAUUUAGUAUUACAUUCAAAUAAUUUUACCUUCUUAUAGGCAUAUAAUUUCUUAUGCUAAUUAAUUUACACAAUAGCAAUUUAAAGACAGUACUUAGACUUAAUUUUAUUUGUGUGUGCAAUGUGCAUUUUAAGUUUUUUAUAAGUAAUGUUAGUGAAGCUACAUAAUAAAAUCAUAAUAUUAUUUAAGA